AAAAUUUGACAAAAUCUGUCAUUUCAUUAAUUAAAGAGUAAUAUACGAGUAAGAAUCUUUCAGUAAGAUUAACUACAUAUUGUCAUUUUGUUUAGACCGUGAACAGUCCAUUUUACAUUAAAUUAUAUCAACUUUAUGUGCCAAUAUUUUUUAUACAAGCUACUUUUACUCUCAUUUGCUCUUCAGUCCUUUUCCGCCAAUAAUAAUAGCAAUACAAUAAAUGUAACAAACUAUUGUAGCUACAACCUAAAAUUUUGCAAUGACAAAAGCAUUCAUACUGCAUGUAAGUACCGUCCGUGCGAACCGGGUCCGGCAUGUGGAGAACUGUAUCAGCCCCAACCUAUGGACAAACUCAUGCGAGCAUUUGUGUUGGACUUACACAACAGAAUAAGAAGCUCAUUAGCACUGGGUGAAGAUAAAAGAAUAAUAGGAACUAUAGCCAAUAUGAACAUUUUAACUUACGACUUCGAGCUUGAAUACAUUGCUGAGUGUUGGGUGAACCGGUGUUUUGAAAACCAUUUAAAACCGCACGAUGAGUGCAGGAAAACGUAUCUAUUUCCUAGCAAUACCGGCCAAAAUCUUUGUCACUUAAUUCAACCAAAGUUUAGUGAUGGAUAUAUGAGAAAUGGAGAGAUCGAAAGGUGCAUAGACUUCACGUUUUUCAGUGGCGACAGGACUAUAGGACAUUUUACGCAAUUGGUUUGGGCUGAUGCCAUCCACGUAGGAUGUGCUAGGGUAAAGUACGGUAGCGGGAGUUUUGCGCAGUUUCUAUUUUGCUGCAACUAUGGACCGAUGGGAAACAUUGUCGGAAAAUCCGUCUACAAAAUUGGAAAGCCGUGUAGUAAAUGUAAACGCCGCAAUCGCUGUGAUGAUAAAUACGAAGGCUUAUGUGACGUAACAAACCAUAUACUCGAUUCAUCUUCUAGUAGGUAUUCAACUUUCCACAAGUUGACUUUAAUAACAUUUUCAAUUGCAACAAACUUUUUAAUAUCUCUAUUUAUUUAAAC